UUCUCAAUCCUGGCUCAUCGCUGCAGCUUCCAGUUGUUCUGAAGCUGGAAGAUGUCCCUGCAGUUCCCUUAAAAGGCGGGCAGGCUGGAUUAUCUCCCGGUAAGUGGCUGAGAACCGAACAAGUAUCCCGCUGUGCGGACCCUGGCGUGCGUUCUGACGGAGGGAGGAACCACCCAUUCAGUUAAGUUGCUGCUGUUUCGGAAGGUGCUGGUGAAAAACCCAGGCUGCCUCUAGACUUCACGCGAGCCGUGCCUGACCAGAGCAGAGGAAUUUGCCUUCCAAUUCCUAUCGGUCUCAUUCCCAACUGUAGGAUAAGGAGCAAAGUGAAGGUCCAUCACACCCGGGGAAUGCAGCUGAAGAAAAGGUGUUGACCGACUUGUCUACACCUCCUUGCUCCACCUUAAACCAGCAGGCAAUACCAGAGGUAGAUCACACAUCUUUCUCUACGAGCAUCUCACAGUGAAAGCAGAAGAGGAUGAAGCCCAGGAGUUAAGGAUGAACUUAACCGAGCUUUCCCUGGCGAGUCUAACUCUGGCUGAGACGGUGAUGAACAGGACGAGAAGUUCUCCUGCUUUAUGUGAACAAGUCAGUGUAGCCAUUGAGGUGUUUCUGACUCUGGGUAUCAUGAGUCUGCUGGAAAAUAUUCUGGUUAUUGCUGCGAUUAUUAAGAACAGGAAUCUGCACUCGCCCAUGUACUUUUUUGUCUGCAGCCUGGCAGUGGCAGACAUGUUGGUGAGUGUGUCCAAUGCAUGGGAAACCAUUGUGAUAACUUUACUCAACAACAGGCACUUGGUUGUCAAGGACAGCUUUAUCAAACAGGUAGACAAUGUGUUUGACUCCAUGAUCUGCACCUCUGUGGUGGCAUCCAUGUGCAGUCUCUUGGCCAUUGCUGUCGAUAGGUAUGUCACCAUAUUCUACGCCUUGCGCUACCACCACAUUAUGAGUGUGAAGCGAGCGGCUUUUAUUAUUGCAGGGAUCUGGACGUUAUGCACCGGGUGUGGUGUCAUUUUCAUCAUCUACUCCGAAAGUCCAACUGUCAUCAUCUGUCUUGUCACCAUGUUCUUCAUCAUGUUGCUUCUUAUGGCUUCCCUCUAUAGCCACAUGUUCCUGCUGGCUCGCUCCCAUGCCAAGCGGAUUGCUGCUAUGUCGGGCUACAACUCCAUUCAUCAGCAAGCAAGCAUGAAAGGCGCCAUCACCUUGACGAUCCUGCUUGGCAUCUUCAUCGUCUGCUGGGCUCCAUUCUUCCUUCACCUCAUCCUCAUGAUCUCCUGCCCCGGGAACCUGUAUUGUGUGUGCUUCAUGUCACACUUCAACUUGUACCUGGUCCUCAUCAUGUGUAAUUCAAUCAUUGACCCACUCAUCUAUGCCUUCCGCAGUCAAGAGAUGCGGAAGACUUUCAAGGAGAUAAUUUGCUGCUACGGUUUAAGGGCGGCUUGUGGAGUUACUGGCAAAUGACACUGCAGCGAGUGAUGAGGGCUGGCUUUCAAAGCUCCCUACAGCUAAAUGCAGAGGAAGCAUAGCCUAAUUAAUACAGUUUUAGCAUAACUCCCCUACUUAUGACAUCCCUCUAGGAAUAAACCCUAGUGUUUGGUUUGCAUCUUUUAAUAGCCUUGCUAACUUGAUUGGUGUACCUGUACUCUGAGGAGCUUUCAGUCCCUACCCGGGUCUGUUCCUCCCACCAGGAUGUACCACCUUGUGUUGAACAUCAUCUGCCAAAAAAAAAGUGAAAACAAAAACCCUGCAGAUGCUGGGAACCUGAAAUAAGAACAGAAAGUGCUGGAAAUACUCAGCAGGUCAGGCAGCACCUGUGGUGACUUUCACCAGAACUAGGAAGCAUUAGAAAACAUGCAGAGAAGGGGGAGGGGUGGAAUAUCUGUAAAGGGUUUGAGACCAUGAGAGACUGAGUGAUGCAAAUGACAGUGGUGCUGUCUGAGAGAGGUUGAAGCUUCUCAACUGCUGCUGACCUACCCCGAGGAGGUGUAAAUAGAGGGGGAAGAGUGAGGAGAGAGGAGAGGGAUAAAGCCCUGGGACGGCCAGUUACUGUUUUCUGAUGAAAGGUUGUCAACCUGUAACAUUAUUUCUCUCUUUACACAGUGCUGUGUGAUGGGCUGGGUAGUUUCCAACCUUCCCCUUCACUUCAAAUUUCCAGUGACUGCAUUGUUCUGUAUCUCCCGCUUCCAACAUUAGAUCUUUCUCUCUCUCCUCUGUCCCCAUUCCUGUCCCUCCACUUAUACCUUGGUCAGACAGAUCAGCUGACAUUAACACGAGAAAACUGGAGCAGGCCACUUGACCCCUCAAACCUGCCUCGCCAUUCAAUAUGAUCACGGUUGAUUUAUACUGGCCUCAACUCCUCUUCUGUGCCAGUUCCUCAUAACCCUCAAUUCUUCAAUCUUUCAAAUAUUUAUCUAUCUCGACCUUAAGUCAUAAAGUCAUCAAGUUAUACAACACGGAAAGAGGCCCUUUGGCCCAUCUGGUCCAUUCCAGCCAAGAUUCCCAUCUAAGCUAGUCUCAUUUGCCUGUGUUUGGCCCAUAUCCCUCUAAACCUUUCCUAUUCAUGUACCUGUCCAAGUACCUUUUAAAUGUUGUUAAUAUACCUGCCUCAACCACUUCCUCUGGCAGCUCAUUCCAUAUACCGACCACCGUCUGGGUGAAAAAAUUGCCCCUCAGGUUCUUAUUCAAUCUCUUCCACCUCACCUUAAACCUAUGCCCUCUGGUUCUUGAUUCCCCAACCCUGUGUGUAAAAAUGACCCUAUCUAUGCCCCUCAUGAUUUUAUACACUUCUAUGAGAUCAUCCCUUAUUCUCCUACAAUCCAGUGAAAACAGUCCCAACCUGCUCAACCUCUCUCCAUAACUCAGUCCCUCGAGUCUUGGCAAUGUUCUCGUAAAUCUCCUCUGCACUCUUUCCUGCUUAAUGGUAUCUUUCCUAUGGCAGGGUGACCAAAACUGAACACAAUAUUCCAAAUGCAGCCUCACCAAUGUCUUGUAUGACUGCAACAUAACAUCCCAACUUAAGUAUAUCUAAUGAUCUGGCCUCCACCAUCCUCAGGGGCAAAGAAUUUCAGGGAUUCACUACCCUCUGAGAGAAGAAAUUUCUAUGUACUUCGGAUUUAAAUGACUGGACCCUUCUUUUUUCCAGAUUAUUCUCAGUGCAAUUUCCCUUUGUAGACUCUUUAUGUCCUCUUUGCACUAACCUUUCCCACUAUCUUUGUGUCAUUAGCAAUUUUAGCCAUUGUACCUUCAGUGCCUUCAUUCAAGAAAUGUAUAUAAAUUGUAAAAUGUCAAGACUCCAGUGCCAAUCCCUGUGGCACAUCACUUGUUGCAUCUCACCAGACAAUAGACCCAUUUAUGCUCCUCCCUGUUUCAUGUUAUCUAGCCAGUCCUCUAUGCCUGUCAAAGUGUUACCUCUUACACCAUAAGUUAUAGCGUUAUAAGGCACGGAAACAGGCCCUCCGGUCCAACUGGCCCAUGCCGACCAAGGUGCCCCAUCCAAGCUAGUCCCAUUUGCCAGCGUUUGGCCCAUAACCAUUAUUUUCCACAGUAACCUUUGAUGUGUCAUUUUGUCAAAAUGCCUUCUGGACAUCUAAGUA